AGUCGUUCCUUUGACAAGCAAAAUAGUGAUCGCCUGAGUUCCGCAGUGUGAGCAAAGAAAACCUCCGCACAUUAUCAUCGCCUUACACCGCAAACAUGUCCGAGGACCGAUCUGAAAGAUCCGAUGGCAAGAUUGUGAAGAUGGAGGUGGACUACAGUUCAACUGUGGACCAGCGCCUCCCGGAAUGCGAGAAAAUGGCUAAAGAGGGGAAACUGCAGGAGGCCAUUGAGAGCUUGUUGUCAUUGGAGAAGCAAACUAGAACAGCAUCAGACAUGGUGUCUACCUCCAGAAUACUGGUGGCUGUGGUUCAGAUGUGCCAUGAGGCUAAGGACUGGGAUGCCCUGAAUGAAAACAUCAUGUUGCUAACGAAAAGGAGGAGUCAGCUCAAACAGGCUGUUGCCAAAAUGGUUCAAGAAUGUUAUAAAUACGUGGACUCCAUGACUGAUCUGACCAUCAAGCUGAGACUCAUCGACACACUUCGCACUGUGACUGCUGGCAAGAUCUAUGUAGAGAUUGAACGUGCCAGGCUGACAAAGACCUUGGCUGGUAUCAAGGAGCAGAAUGGAGAGGUGAAAGAGGCUGCUGCCAUUCUGCAGGAACUGCAGGUGGAGACAUAUGGCUCUAUGGAGAAAAAGGAGAAGGCAGAGUUUAUCUUGGAACAGAUGAGGCUUUGCAUUGCUGUUAAGGAUUACAUUCGUACCCAAAUCAUCAGCAAGAAAAUAAACACCAAAUUUUUCAAAGAGGAGGGCUCAGAGGAGUUAAAGCUUAAGUAUUACAACCUGAUGAUUCAGGUGGAUCAGCACGAGGGCUCCUAUUUGUCUAUCUGCAAACACUACUGGGCCAUUUAUGAUACUCCCUGCAUCUUGGAGGACAGCAGCAAGUGGCAACAGGCCCUGAAAAGUGUGGUUCUGUACGUGAUUCUUUCACCUUACGAUAAUGAGCAAUCAGACCUUGUGCACCGAAUCAACACAAACAAGAAACUGGAGGAAAUCCCCAAAUACAAGGACCUGCUAAAGCAGUUUACCACAAUGGAGCUGAUGCGCUGGGCUUCUCUAGUGGAGGAUUAUGGGAAGGAGUUGAGAGAGGGCUCAACUGACAGCCCUGCCACAGAUGUCUUCUCUUACUCAGAAGAAGGGGAGAAAAGGUGGAAGGAUCUGAAGAACAGAGUGGUGGAGCAUAACAUAAGAAUAAUGGCCAAAUAUUACACCAGAAUCACAAUGAAGAGGAUGGCUGACCUCCUUGACCUCUCCAUUGAUGAAUCUGAGGAGUUCCUCUCCAGCCUAGUUGUAAACAAGACCAUCUAUGCCAAGGUGGACCGGUUGGCUGGCAUCAUCAACUUUCAGAGGCCAAAAGACCCCAACGACCUGCUCAAUGACUGGUCGCACAAACUCAACUCUCUCAUGUCUCUGGUCAACAAGACCACCCAUCUCAUUGCCAAGGAAGAGAUGAUCCACAACUUGCAGUGAAACAGGAAUAAUAUGUUUGUUUUUGUUUUGGCCCAAAUUUGUUUUUUUUUCUUGUGUGGAAAUCCUUUUGAAUAUACAAUUCAUUGGCAGACUGUAUAUGCAACAUUAUUCCAAUGUCAUAUAAUUGGAGAAAAAAGUGUGCAACCCAAACACAGCACCCCAACGUUGUUCAUUUUUUACUGUCUGGUAAAUAAACACUUUAGCACCUGGA